UUGCUCGUAAAAUAUAAACUUGGCUAUAGAACAAAAGUGCAUGUCAUUCGCUUACGCGAAUUUCCUCUUAACAUUUCCGUACUUGAAGUCUACGAAAAACUAAUUAAGGAAAAUCGGCAUAAAGAGCUGCUCGGACAAAUCCCCAAGAUUCAGCUUAUCCGUCUACUUUCGAUUCUCAAAGACCUAAUAAAUGGGCAGAGCCUAGAAGAGUGUCUGCGAAUCAAUGCUGAGUUGGAGUGUAUCUCUCCAAACGAAGACUUAAAUAAAGCAGACGACGAAACUCUUGAAAGGAAGAAGUUGGUCAUGGAGGAGACCUUCGAACGAAAUCGAGUCCGGCCAACAGAUCCUGAUUUUGAAUACGACAUCGCGGUCGAUUUCCCUCAACAAGUUGAAACCAGUGGGUGGGACUCGGACUUUUCUGACUUCUGA